AUGUCAACAAAAAGAGAAGCGUUUCAAGUAAAAGACUACCGUGGUGCCACUAUUGAGGAUCUUGAUAUACCUCCAGCCAUCUCAAUAAACCCAUCAACAAAUUUAAACGAAGCUCUAGAAAUUUCUUACGAACAUGAAUUCACUUACCUACCAAUAAUUCAUGAAACUAACAAAAGAUUGCUAGGUGUUUUGAACAUAGACAAUUUAAGAAAAAAGCCUCAACUAGUGCACGAUAGCUCUCUUGAACCGUUAGCAAAAAAUUUUAUGAUUUGGUUUAGUCAGAAAGCUCGUAGGACCUACGAGAAAGACCACACAGAUCUAGUCCAGUCGAGAAGAACACCUUUGAAUACAAAGAUAAUAAAACCAAGGCCUUCUAACGGCAAAGCUUUCCAAAUGUUGACACCGUUUUCUCCUCUUGAAGAUUUAGAAAGUUUUUUUCAAAAAGGUUAUUAUUUUGCUAUUAUUACAAAUGAUGAUGGUACUUUCGUCUAUGGAGUUGCUACUCCUGAAGAUUUGGCUAAAUUUGAGAAGUCUAGACCAAAGUUGUAA